AUGCAGAGCAGCACGGUGAUGAAAAGACCGAAUGACCCCGUCGACCAGCCUGAUGCCAAUCGUCAUGCAAAUCCUAGGCCGCCAAAACGAAACCGUGUUGGGUUUUCUUCUGCUGCCAACACUGACCCGCGUCGAUUUGAACGAGAGCCAGCUCAACAGACCAACAAGCCAACUCGGCCGGUCGGGCAGUCACGGCCGUUAAAUAGACCAUUUUCAGACACUUCAACUGAUUCAGAAGGUGAUAAUCUAUCAGAAGUCGCGAGAGGAGACGCCAACACUACUACAUAUAACUUACCCCGUCCUCUACGAGUCAACAUCGGCGGACGCACCUUGACACUUGAGAGCGGUUCUGUAUCUUUUUAUUCUUCUACUGGCGCUGAUGGUAGAGUCGUGGUCAGUACUGAUCGAAAUGGCCAUGGAGUACGACGAAUCGAACACUCGGCUACACAAAAUGUCCCAGCCCCAGCUGUAUCUGGGACCGAGAACACGCGUGUAACUUCCGAAUCUAGAGAAAGCUUGGCUCUAGCCCCAACUCGUCAGUAUGGGAGCGUGCGGAAGCUCAAGCCAGAGCACAACGGGAUCGAGAAAGAGCGCAAGAAGCUCAAUUCAGAGCCAAUAUACAGCGCAUGA